UCAGAAUAGGAAUCAAUUCGACUGAAAGUAUUCAAAUUAUUUUUCUGCUUUGAAGUUUUUCUCAAGGUUAAAUGAAUCAAUUAAUAGGACAAGUUUGCUAUGCAAAAUUUCAACGCAAACAGUAAUUUCUCAUUAGUGCCAUUUACUCGUGAAAUCGUUUCUGAUGAUGGAAAACGGAAAUUAGUACGCAAAACUAGUGCGGAAAUCGUGAGUGAAGCCAAAAGCAUGUUGGCAGGAGGAGGAACUCGUUUAGUAUCGGCAAGGAGGCCAAUCACACCAAGAGAACCAAGGAGACAACUUUAUGGCCGUGUUGCGCCACCGGGACGACCACCAAGUGCAUUCAGUCUAAAAUAUUUGCAGUUCGAGUCACGCGCUUUGCCUUCAUUAGAGCCCAUUCAACAGAACACAAUUCAAAAACAUGGUUUUACUCGGUCGGAGUCAGUGGAAUUUAUCUCAAUGGAGGAUAUUGAUGGCCUCAAUAGUGUUAACAAUAAUACUAGCAGAAGUAAGCUUCCCGCCUUACUUAAUGUUCCGAAGAGGCUAUCAGGAUCACUGGAUAAUCUUUCAGAAUGCAUGCCACCGCGAAAGGAUUUUAAGCCACCAACAACGCCGGUAAAGCCACAAUUUUCACUUCAUGCUGAGUCAAAACCAUUAAAUGAAAAGCGCACAUCUGAUGUGGUUGCUUUAGAUGCUAUGCCUUCUGUUUCCCCUGCAUCGCAAGAAAGCAUAGUUAGGAAUCAUCCACUGAAGCGUCGUCAGGUUCAAUCAUUAGACGAGAGCAGUGUGCCAGAGGCAGGCCAAUCUUCGCCAGCAAACCACUCAUAUGGGGUGAAAAUGGAUCAUCGUAAGGAGAAAGCCAAACUAAGUAGAAACAACGACUUGCUGGUGAAAUCCACGACCGAAUCGUUGUUGGAACUGCUUAAGGCUCAUGCUGGGAUCAAGGAUUGCAACGGCGAAACCGUGAGUUACAUUAAUGGGAUUCUAGGAGAAUUGUACUUGCGAGUAAAAGGGGCCAAAGGAAGCUGGCGGGGAGCAGUUCUUGGGGCACUUUAUGGUUUGGUUGAAGCAAAUUCGCCAACUAUUCUACUCUCAGUAGCACGUGUUGUACUGGCGCUGAAUGUGACUGGAAGUAAUCUGACGGGCGCCUGCAAACUUAUCUUUAAAAUUGCUCGCAACGAAAACAACGACAAUCUUUUCGCUGACAGUGAUGUACCAGAGUUAUUGGUGGAUGGUUUGGGACGUGCUUCGCCAUCUGAUGAACCGGAGGCAUGCAUCUAUGGUUAUGGUGCCAUUCGUUUUCUAGCGGGCUCUGUGGGCUCAGUUGUACAGAAAAACAAACUAGAGAUUGCAAGAGAGCACUCAUCUCGCCAAAAGUCACUAGCAUUUCGUUUGGCACGCCAUGGCCUGGUCCAGUUAAUGGUGUUGCAUCUAAAGAUGUUAAAUGAAAUGGGUUCGACAAAGAAAUUAACUGGUCCGCCAUUGCAUGCUUUGUUUCAGCUUUCUGGGGCACUACGGACACUGGCAGGUGUCCCUUCAAUUGAUGAUUGCUCUGCAAUAACGACAUCUUUAUUGAAUAGUACGAAUCCAAAAAUCAAAGAAACUCAGGAAAAUGAAAUGAUUCAAUUGGAGUUGGCAGGACCUCUGCUUGUGCGCGCUGCUGAGAUAUGUAUUGAUGAACCAGAAGUGCAAGCUAACGUUAUUCGAACUUUGAGUGUGCUUUCGGAACGACCGGAAUGUUGUGAGCAAUUGGCAGAUUGUGCAGCCAGACUUGGAAUACUGUUGGGGUCCAUAAGUGAAACUAGUAUCACAGUUGAGAAAGGAUUGGCUGCUGUAAAUCGUCUUGGAUACAUAUUGGGAAACAUCAUGGCUCGAUGGGAUACGGCACGUUCUCAAUUCUAUUCCAACGAUGUUGCCAUGGAAGUUAUCCUGAAGUCAUUAGAACACUAUUCCAAUAAACGAUUUUCUAUUAAAAAUCAAAUGGGGGACUCUGUGGUGAAUGUUUUGACAAAGCUAGUACGUGUUGUUGCUAACAUUUGUGUUAAUGCUGAUGUGGGAUACGGUUUGAGCAAUAAACCACCCCUCGGGGAAAUACUUUUGAAUAUUUUGUUGAAAGUGAAGGACGCAAAGGAUUCAGAAAUUGUUGAGCUUCUGUUCGCUUCCUUGGGCGCAAUGCACAAUUUAUCAUACUACUACGAACAAUCAGAUAACCCGCUUCAAUACAAUCAUCCAGGAAGCCUAGCCGAACGUUUGAAGGAUAUUUGCGGGGUACUUUGUAACAUUCUCAAUAAAGAAAGUAAUCCGGCUCGUUCUGAAGUAGCUCGUGUAUUAGGAAAUAUGACACGAAAUUCAGCGGUACGCCAAUCGUUUUGUAACGAAAACGGCUUGCAAGUCUUGAUAAGUUGUUUACAAUCCGAUGAUGUAGAAUUGAUGGUUACGUCAUGCGGUGUUCUCGUUAAUGUUCUUGGAGAUUGGGAACGACGGGCUCCAUUCCGGGAAAUCCAAGGGCCAGUUGUACUGCGAAAACUUUUACAGCGUGGUACAUCAACCCAGGACUGGAUUAUGGCAGGAAUAGCCUGUCAAGCGUUAUGGAAUUAUCUUAUCGAUAGUGGAAAUGUUAUCAAUGCUUUAGGAGAAGCUGAGACAGAUUAUAUAUGUGGGGAUCUUGCCGAAUGCUUGGAUGAAGAAAAACUUUUUCAAACAGAAGAUCCCGAUGCUUUAUGGGAAGAAUUUGCACCAGUAGCCACCGACUUACUAGAAAGAUUGCAAUCGUGCAUGUCAAUAGGAAAUUCACCAUGUCUGUCAUCUGAUGAUGAUUCCGAUCUAAUUAUUGGACAAGCAGGGGAUGCUUGGGGAGAACACUACAAACAGUGGCUUCAACAAUAAAAGGACUUGAGAAAAAAAAUUUUCUAACGAUGAAAUGUUUUUUUUAACUUCCCUAUAGAAAUUCU